CCAGCUGCCUUUCCUAGCUUCUUCCUCAAACAAAUUGCAUCCUUCGUCGAUCUUCCAGACGCUCUUCAGGGGCACGCAGUCCACAACUGACUAGCAACCAUGAGGAUCCUGUACCUGCUCUUCGCUGUCAUCUUCCUCCUCUUCCAGGCUGCUCCAGGUUCAGCAGAUCCUCUUUUUGCUGACACCGCAGAGUGCAGGAGCAAUGGAAAUUUCUGCCGUGCCGGGGCAUGCCCACCCACCUUUGCUGUCUCGGGGUCGUGCCACGGGGGGCUGCUGAAAUGCUGUUCAAAGUAA